CGCUGGACAUUGCCGUACAUGGUAAAGGAGAUUUCGCAAUCCGCUCCUCUCCAUGUUCCAAACAAAAACACUCAGAGCUCCGACAGACGGAAUUAAACUCCAACUUUCUACCUAAACUUUUUCUGCUUUGACGGAUGGUUGACUCCACCGCCGGCCUGUGAAGGCGCCGUUGAGGUGAAGAACCUGAACUUCUUCUCCCUGUUACUGUUUUAUCUCUACACCUGAGGAGACUCUGGUCAGAGAUCAGCACCUGCAGGCAGCACAUCCAAAUGAGCCGGCCGUCGCAGCCGAAACCAACCCCAGCUGACCACAACGGCGUGAGCGUCAUCCAGAGUCAGGCCCACGCCUCCUCCUCCUCCUCGUCUCUGCCGGCGGCUGUAGCCGGACUGCAGCAGGUCCCCCAGCUCGUUCCCGCCAACUCUUCAGCCGGAGGCGGCAAGGCCCUCCCCCCCAGCAAGAUGAAGAAGCCUCCAGCAGACAAGGACAGCGAGGAAUACCGCCAGCGCCGCGAACGCAACAACCUGGCGGUGAAGAAGAGCCGCAUGCGCAGCAAGCAGAAGGCGAUGGACACGCAGCAGCGCGUCAACGAGCUGAAGGAGGAGAACGAGCGGCUGGAGGCCAAGAUCAAACUGCUGAGCAAAGAGCUGAGCGUGCUCAAAGACCUCUUCCUGGAGCACGCCCACAACCUGGCCGACAACGUGCAGCCGCCGGCGGGCGCAGAUGGCUCCAGCCCCGCCCCCAACAACACCUCCGCCAAUGGGCAGUGAGCGGGGGCCACAGGGAUGUUUGGUAUUUGCAGCUUUUCUGGAAACUUUGGAAACAUGGCCUCACAUCUUCUUCACUGCUUUUCUUUGGUUUAUGAGAUUUUUUCUAAUAUAUUCAACCCGUUAAUGCUCCCCCCUCUUUGUCCACGCAUCACGCCGACAUGUCCACCAGGGCUCCCCCUGUCCUCCUGGAAAAACCUGGAAAAAUGUAUUUUCCGGCAGAAGAGUGGAAGAGGUUAUGAAAAAUAGUAAUGGGCCAGGAUUUUAGAAACAUCAUACAAUUCUAUAGAUAUAGUAUCGUAUGAUUUUUUUAAACAAUUUUAAUUUAUUGAAUUCAGUAAAAUUUUGAGGAAAAGACUUUUAAAGUGAAAACCAGUUUCAGUUUGUGUUUUCAGUCUCAUCCAGAUUCUGUCCUGGAAAAGUUUUUGGACUGAUCUGUGACAGAAGUUGACCCUGAUCCACCAGAACAGACUGUCAUCUUGUGAGAAACCAAAAGGAUUGAAAGGUCAUGUGCGUUAUUGAUCGAUCGAUCGAUUGGACAAUGUGAGGAGAUGCGAACUCCUAUAAACUGAGACGUCGUCCAAUAGUUCACCUGCAGAGAACCGGAGAAAGUCGACCAGCAGGCGUCUGUAGGAACCGAAACACACAUUUCCUGUGCUUCCUCGUCCUGUGGGCUCAUUUAAAACCCGGUUAAAUCCAGAGCCUGACGGGCUGGACCAGAUGUUUGACUAACCCUCUGCACUUCGUCGGCUGCAGGAUGAAGUUGUAAAUUCUUAAAUUCCCUUUUUUAGGAUGUGUAUUUUCUUCUGUCAUUCUACAAAGAGUUUUUGAAAAACGUCUAGUUCACGAAACCUAAUGGGAGAACUUAAGUUUGUACGUACGCUCACUACAUGUUGACGUUUAAAGGACGAUUCUGGUUUUUAAAGCCCAGGUCUUUUGAAAGCGAUUCACGUUAUUUUAAGACUCAGUAUAAAUACUUCAGAAUACCAUUUUGAUACUUUGCUCUGCUCAGUAUGCUCCCGUAGGUUUCAGUUAACAAAUGAGGGUAAACCUGUAUAUACAAAAAAAACCCCAACGGAGUUUCCUUUACCAGGUGGUUUCAUCGAAUGGAAUGGAUCAGGUUUGAGUUGCACACUUUUAAUGCUCGUGUCUUAACAGAGUCAGUCAGAGAGAGAUGGAAGAUGUUAAGGGAACGUUUUAUUUCACAACCUGGGUCACCCUGUCAAAUCUGUGGCCGAUUCACCUGCAGGUGAACUCACCCGUCGUUGACCGCGAGAGCUCCGGAGGCCACUGGAGUCGAGGGAAUGUGACAUUGAACCGGUGUCCCGUAUGUCCGCUCAAGGCAUCAAAACAUAUAAACCAACAAAAAUAUGAUCCUGUUGUCGUUGUUAUCUUUGACUAACAUCCUCUCAAAGUCUUAUUUCCACUCGGCUUCUGAGACGUCCUCCGGCGGGACACAGGAUAAGUAGGAGGGGUCACAAAGAAAAGACAAAGUUUUACACAUUUUUCUCUAAUGUUUUCAAAAUACUGGAUAGUUUUACCUCGUUAAGCCUCAAAUAAAUUUUCAUCUGACACAGUCUGAUAAGUCUAGACGUUACCUCCCUGAAACCUGUGACGAGGGGUCGCGUGCAGAUGCCGCUGCAGCGAGGUCGGGAGCCGCUGCUCCCAGUCGAAGGGAUUUCGUGAAAAGAGCGAGAACCCUGGUGAACCAGGUCUUUCCAGGAAAAGCAAACUCAGCUGUGACUGAUUUAUAGAACCCUCAGGUUAACACGAGCAGCUCAGCUCAGCCAGGUCGACCUGCAGGAGCUGCACCGUGCUGAAGACAGGUCUGAUGAAAUCCUGCUCUCUCAUUGGCUGUUAGAUGUCCGUUCAACUCUUACACCAGCAGUUUACCAGCGAUUCACUGCCAGGUGUCCGCGUAGGGACGGUAAUGGACUCAGAGGAAGAGGGUGCACGUUUCUUCACUGUGUCCACUAUUGUCCAACAUGAGAGACCUUGUUGUACAUUAUUCAUUUUUAUUAUCAGUGAAUCUGCUGAUUAUUUUCCCGAUUAACAGAUGAGUCGUUUGUCAAAUAAAAUGAGAGAAAGCUGUUGGAGAGGAGCCUCCGUUUCCCAGAGCCCGUGCCGACAUGUUUGAAUAACUGGUUUUGUCGGACCAACAGUUCAAAACCCCCAGGUAUUCAGUCAUAGUAGAAAACCAUCAAAUAUUCAGCCAGUGGAACAGGGAACUGUUGCCCCUGAGUUGAUUCAUGUCUUUUGACUGGCGCAUCAGCGCUACGUUGUUGUGUAGAUGCUCACCUUGUUUAGACCUCUGGAUUUAUUGGUUUUGUUCGGUUCAGCUCGUAUUUCUUUCACUGCGUGAAAAGCCAAACUUGCGGGCCAUUGAAUGUGGACCUGUGGACGUGACGCGUUCGGGACCAAAGACAGAGCUGCAAGCAGCAACGACCUCUUGGCUCUGAAGGCACAACAGCAAAUGUUCACCUUUACCCCUCAAAGCGAUUCCUCAAACCGUGUCUUCAGUCUAAAAACACAAAGAUCUUCAGUUUACGAUGAUAAGAAACACAGAGGAGCAGCAGAUUCUCACAGUGGAGGGAGAUGUUUUACAUUGAUUAGCGACACAAAUGAUCAAUCCAUUAUCAAACUUGCUAGCGAUAAAGUUUCUGCCGAUCAACCAAUGGAUUCAUUGUUUCAGCUGAAAAGCUGCAUUGGAUCGUCUACAGUGACGGUGCUACUGUAACUUUUAAAAAGGGCCACAACCAACAACAGCUGCUGAUUCAUCUAUUGAUUCGUUGAUGCUUUGUUCUUUUACUGGGGAACCUGACUGGUCAGAGAACCUCCGUUGAGGAUGACGUGAAACAGAAGGGCAGCGCGUCCUCUCAGCGGAGGAGCCGGAACCAGGCGAUGUUUGGGGCCUUUUCCUCCGUUAUCAGCUGUUAUCGGCGUUUAUGGGAAAACCGGCCACAAAUAUGACAGUCGGACCCAGGCUGUGCGUUUGAAGGCAGAGAUCUGCUGGAGUAAUGUUUCAGACGCGACUCCGCCUGGCCCUCCGCCCCUCACCUCCACCUGGCAGUGAGUCCCGGUCCAGACAGGUGUGUGUGUGUUUGUGGUGCUGGGUGGAUCCAGACACCUCAGCUGUACCAGACGCUUCAGAUGAGCCGCAGCUUUAAUUAAAUCCACUUUUAAACCGGGCCGGGUCGUAAGCUGUCUGCUAAUGAGGUCUGAGCAGAUCUGGACAGGCCCCCGGCCCGUCAGCACGCCACAUUCUGUGGGGGGGGGGGUCGCGGCAUGUUGUUUUCAGACUUUAUAAUUAUGUGAGCUUUGCGCGGGUGUGGAGCGUUUUCCACAGGAUUUGUCUGUCAGGAGCUUCACCUCCCUGCAGGAAUGUUGUUGUCUGUCUGAGUCCCGCUGCUCCUCCCGAGCCGCUCGGCUCAGCGUUCCCACAACGUUCCCACCAGGUUGUGACACUAAACGGCUCGGAUCAGGAUGGUGUGCACUCAUUCCAAAAGCCUCCAAGAGCGUUCCCUCACGAGGAGAGUCUGGCUGUGGGGUUGAAAGUUUUCUCAGGGUUCUCUGGAUUUCUUGUCGUCGUUUUGAAGUUAGAUUUUAAACACAAGACUGUGGCAAAUCAAUCCCGAAACGUUUAUUCUAACUUGAAGACAGAUGUGUGGUAUUUAUGAGGUUCAGAGGAGGUGUCUUGGUGUAACUGCGUCCGACCGUCUUCGGUACACAAACACGUACUAAUCCCCCCGGGUGUUUCUCCCUGAGAAAUGAGCAGAUCUCCACCCCCGGCUUUGAACCCUGCAGCACACUGUGCUGUCCUCAGUGAUGUACUGCAGAUGUCUUUGUUCAGUUCAGUGAUUUUAAAAGUGCACAGACUUGGGGAAAAGAAUGACUAGAACACGACAGAAUAAGAUGCUUAUUAUGUGCUUAUGAUAAUGUUUUCGUUGAACAUUGUUGAGAUAUUCUAAAAAUACUCAAACACAGCAUUUGAAAAAUGUUAAACCGGACUCACUGAUGCUGAUUUCUGAGGCUGAUAUCGACAGUUAAGAGUUCGGAAAAUAUCUGAUAAAUUAUCAGCCGACACGUGUUUUGUUUACAUUGUUUGAAGUCGUCAGAAAGGUGACGUAACGUUGUGGGAACGUUUCCUGCUCGCUGGGUGAGCCUCACCGAGCACAGCCUUCAUCUUUUUCACUUUUCUAUGGUUCCUUUUUCUAGACUUUCCUUCCUAACGGCAGCAUGUUUAUAGACAAGUCUUUGCAUGAGGGGGGAGCGCGGUGUGUCUGCACUCAGAUUCGAAGGACUCGACUCGGGGACAGAAAUGAUUGUGUUGUGCUGUUGUCUGUAAAAUAACCUGACGUGUUGGGAUGCUUGUCAUGUUUUGCUUUGGUCUGAAUGUUGCUGGGCAGCAUUUCUCUGUCACUGUCACUCAGCUUUUUUAUAUCACAGGAGCCUGGGGUAACGUGCAUUGUAAAUUAAAAUUGAGUAUAAAAGUUCAACCGUGUGUUUUCGAUUUUGUUUUUCGUACUAAAUGUACUUUUUUUUAAAGUUAAUGUCACUGCACAAAACACUGGAGUAGUGAAUCUGUACAAGUUGAAACCUUUUACAGUCUUACAUAAUUUAUUUUAAUUUAUUUUAAUUUAACUUUUAAAUUCUGGUUUCCAAAGAUCCCCGGUGUGUCGGGCUGAAUUUUGGGGGAAAGGUUCUAAAUUUCCACCUGUUAUGACUGUGCACCCAUUAAUAAGACGGUGCCGGGAAGAACAUGACUUCAUGAAGUGAAGUGAAAGUGGAAAACUGGAUGUUAAGGGGUUCGGAAAAGCUCACAUCCACAUUAUCAUCCUUAACUUGUACAAGCCUGCCCUGAAAAUGAAAGCCGUUCUUUAGGGAAGAACUAAUUAUUAUUGAUUUAACAUGAUUUAUUUUUAAACAGUGCCUCAGUUUUUGACUCUUAACUUUGUAAAUGA